CCCGUAGGCGGCGGGGGCCCCCUCGGGUUCCCAGCAACAAAGUUAGGGCCGAAGCCACCCCGCGCAGAGCCGCGGCUCCCCAGCCACCACCCCGCCUCGGGCUUCCCGGAAGAGUGGCGCGCGGGUGGCACCAUCGUGCCCCGUGCCUCCCCACCCCGUGGGACGGAGGCCCCUGAGUGUCCGCGGCGGCGUGGUCCCUUGUCACUUGGAACCUCAUGCAGCCGGAAGCCGAGCCUAGCGGGGCGGAGGCCCGCAGCCGAUUCCUGCCCCAGCAGUCACAGCGCCCCGAGGGGGCGGGGGACGCAGUGAUGUUCGCCUCCACGGAGUGCAAGGCCGAGGUGACGCCCUCCCAGCACGGCAACCGCACCUUCAGCUACACGCUGGAGGACCACACCAAGCAGGCCUUCGGGAUCAUGAACGAGCUGCGGCUCAGCCAGCAGCUGUGUGACGUCACGCUGCAGGUCAAGUACGAGGACACGCCGGCCGCCCAGUUCAUGGCCCACAAGGUGGUGCUGGCCUCGUCCAGCCCGGUCUUCAAGGCCAUGUUCACCAACGGGCUGCGGGAGCAGGGCAUGGAGGUGGUGUCCAUCGAGGGCAUCCACCCCCAGGUCAUGGAGCGGCUCAUCGAGUUCGCCUACACGGCGUCCAUCUCCAUGGGCGAGAAGUGCGUGCUGCACGUCAUGAACGGGGCCGUCAUGUACCAGAUCGACAGCGUCGUCCGCGCCUGCAGCGACUUCCUGGUGCAGCAGCUGGACCCCAGCAACGCCAUCGGCAUCGCCAACUUCGCUGAGCAGAUCGGCUGCGCCGAGCUGCACCAGCGCGCCCGCGAGUACAUCUAUAUGCACUUCGGGGAGGUGGCCAAGCAGGAGGAGUUCUUCAACCUGUCCCACUGCCAGCUGGUGACCCUCAUCAGCCGCGACGACCUGAACGUGCGCUGCGAGUCCGAGGUCUUCCACGCCUGCAUCAACUGGGUCAAGUACGACUGCGAGCAGCGGCGCUUCUACGUGCAGGCGCUGCUGCGCGCCGUGCGCUGCCACUCGCUCACGCCGCACUUCCUGCAGAUGCAGCUGCAGAAGUGCGAGAUCCUGCAGUCGGACUCCCGCUGCAAGGACUACCUGGUGAAGGUCUUCCAGGAGCUCACCCUGCACAAGCCCACGCAGGUGAUGCCCUGCCGCGCGCCCAAGGUGGGCCGGCUCAUCUACACGGCCGGCGGCUACUUCCGCCAGUCCCUCAGCUACCUGGAGGCCUACAACCCGAGCGACGGCACCUGGCUGCGGCUGGCGGACCUGCAGGUGCCGCGGAGCGGCCUGGCGGGCUGCGUGGUGGGCGGGCUGCUCUACGCCGUGGGCGGCCGCAACAACUGCCCCGACGGCAACACCGACUCCAGCGCCCUGGACUGCUACAACCCCAUGACCAACCAGUGGUCGCCCUGCGCCUCCAUGAGCGUGCCCCGCAACCGCAUCGGGGUGGGGGUCAUCGACGGGCACAUCUACGCGGUGGGCGGCUCCCACGGCUGUAUCCACCACAACAGCGUGGAGAGGUACGAGCCGGAGCGAGACGAGUGGCACCUGGUGUCCCCGAUGCUGACCCGGAGGAUCGGGGUGGGCGUGGCCGUCCUCAACCGCCUGCUCUAUGCCGUCGGGGGCUUUGACGGGACGAACCGCCUUAACUCGGUCGAGUGCUACUACCCGGAGAGGAACGAGUGGCGAAUGGUCACCCCCAUGAACACCAUCCGAAGCGGGGCAGGGGUCUGCGUGCUGCACAGCUCCAUCUACGCGGCGGGGGGCUACGACGGGCAGGACCAGCUCAACAGUGUGGAGCGCUACGACGUGGAGACGGAGACCUGGAGCUUCGUAGCCCCCAUGAAGCACCGGCGGAGCGCGCUGGGGGUCACGGUGCACCAGGGCAAGAUCUACGUCCUCGGAGGCUACGACGGGCACACGUUCCUGGACAGCGUGGAGUGUUACGACCCAGACACAGACACCUGGAGCGAGGUGACCCGCAUGACAUCCGGCCGGAGCGGGGUGGGCGUCGCGGUCACCAUGGAACCCUGCCGGAAGCAGAUCGACCAGCAGAACUGCACCUGUUGACCUGUUUCUUAGGGGAAAAAAAAAAAGCAAAGCACAGCCCCACGGAGAGUAUUGUUGUUCUUAACACAAAGACAAGGGCGAAGGCGAAGGCGGAGGCGGCCGGGAAGACGUGCACCUCCGGGGAGGGCAGGCCCGGAUGAGGACGUCGGGAAGGAAGGCCAGAGCCGGGCCGGGAGCCCCUGCGCGUCCUCCCGCAACGUCCCUGUCGGCCUGCCUGGAAGGUGGCAGGGGACUGGUGGGCUCCCAGGAGCACUAGCUAGAGACUGAGCCUGGGUGUCCCCACCCCCAGGCGCCACCUGAUCCGCCCUGAAAGCCGGUGCCGAGGCCAGGCCGGGCUCCGUGCCCCGUGUCUUGGCCAUUGAACCUGGGAAGGGGCCAAGGGAGGCCUCGGAGGUGGAGGACCCCCCCGGAAGCCUGGUUCCCGGGGACGCCCCCCCACACACACACAGAGAAGCCACUGGAUUUCUCUGCUCUGGACAGUUCACUGUUGAUAAGUAACCUUGUAACUUUCCGAGGCAAAUAAACAAGCUAACUAGUGUCUUCCA